AUGGAAAGAAAAUUGAACCUCACUCCUUUGAAUAAGAAUAGAAAGGCUGUUGUUGCUACUGAAGAAGAAACAGAUGAAGUAUCAUCUCCAGUGACUGGCAAUGAUUUUCGUUCAUUAUUAGAGGAUUACAACUUGAAAUCACCAACUUCUAUGCAAAUCAAAGUAGUCAAGAAGGAAUUGCACAAUUCAUCACCAUCUUCGUCACCAACAACAACAACACCAAUAGAACAAGAAGAACAACAAGCAACACCAACACAACACAGACAACCAGAAGAAAGAACCUUUAAAAAUUCAUCUUCACGAAGGGUUUGUUCCUUUGCUGAGGAAAGACCUAUUUCUGAUGAGGCACUCAUGAGAACUCCUAAUAGAUUUAGUACUUCAGUUCUUCCUCCAAUGGCUUCGUCUCUUGUUGAUGUCGAUGAUGAGUUGGAUUAUGUGGAAGUGAAGAGAGGUUCCACAACACCAAUUGUACCCAAUUCAGCUCAGCAAUCAGAGAUUCUGUCACUCUUCUCUACUCCUAAUAUUGAUACACCAGCCAGAGCACUACAAACUCCUUCGACAAGUACUCAACCAAUAUUACAAGAUACACUGGCAGUUGAGGAUAUUGCCGUUGUGCCACCAGUGUUAAAUUCAAUUAAUAAUGAAUUGAAACAAGCAGCUUUAGAAGAGGAAAUAGUGAUUUCGAGUGUCACCAAGGUUGAAUCCAAUACUAAUUUGGAAGAAGAAUUGAAAGAGUUGGAAGAAAAGAAAAUCCAAGAAUUGAUUAAAGGAAGUGAAGAGGAAAGAUUAUUAUUCAUAGAUCACAAACGAUCACUGUGGGUAUUAGCAUUGUUAAUUGCAUUCUCUGUGGUUAUUUUAGACUCUCUACACUUGCCUUACCAUGGUUUUUCUGAGCUUAUUUAA